AAGAGAGAGAGAGAGAGAAGAGAGAAAGAAAGAAAACGAAAGAAAAGGUAUUAAGAAGAAAACUCUUAAUAUCAUAGCUAUUCAGGAUGAAUGUCCUUGAUAUAUUUUUCUUCGUUGUUAGUUCGUGUGUGCUCUUGUUAUACGCCUUGUAUGGCGAUAAAUUUGUCGAAUCUGAAAAGGUGGAAGGUGGAAAACGCGACGAAGGUAUUUCGAAAAAAUCAACGAUAAAAUAUAAGCGGCAGCUAUAUCGUUCGUUCGAAGUUUACGACUCGGUACGAGGAUUGUGUUGACGUGGAAGAUUUAGCUGGAUUUAACGGAGAAAUAAAUAAAUAAAUAAAUAAAUAAAUAUAGAAAGAAAGAAAGAAAGAAAGAAAGAAAUAAAGAAAGAAAGAUAGAAAGAUAGAAAGAUAGAAAUAAGAAAGACGGAAAUAUCAAAGGACACUGGUGAAUUGUUUCUUCCGUGGUUACCUUUUAUUUCUUUUCUUUUCUCUUUCUCCCUCUUUCACUUUCAACGAAGAAUUUAAAACGAAGGAAGGAAUACAAUAAAUCGUGUGAAUUUUUUUUAUUAUCGAUUAAUAUCGACGAAUAUUGAAUAACGACGAAGUGGAAGAAAACGAAGAGGGAGAAAUAUAAAGAUAAGAAUAAGAAGAAUAAGAAGAAUAAUGGAAGACGACAAAGAAGGACUUGAGUAUUUCAAUAGCAUGAAUUCGUUCGAACUUAGGUAUAGGAACGAUUCAAAGAGUCGAAAAACGAGUCGAAUUACAACGGAGAUUUUACUUUCGACUCUUGAUUAUCUCGAAGAUGAUACUAAAUGGACGAAAUAAGAGAUCAUUCAAGAUCUCAUACGUUUUACGUAUCGGAGGAAGGAGGAUUUCUUUAUUUUUUUUCCUGUGCUCCGACCAAUUCACAAAGGAUGUUCGAAAUUGGACCGAAAUGGGAAAGAGAGGGGUGUGGGAGGAACACCGACCGUAUAAGGAUGCAGGAAGCAAAGGAGUACUACAGAUGCGCAGGAUAGAAUGAAUCGUCGGGAGGACCCGUUGUUGCGACAGCAUCGCAGCCGCUUGCUGCAACUCGCUGAAGCUACCAACAUCAAGCCCGGUCGUGGAAGCAGCAAGAGACGCGGUCAAAGGCAAUCUCAUGGAUUUUCACCAAGCAAUGGCGGAUCGAGUACAGGACGUGUUACACUUCAGGACAUCGUUAGAAGCGAUCCAGGUUACACGCCUAACAUAGAACACUUAGUGUUCCCCGAACGAAAGAGCAGUAAUCCAAACUUAUCUGGAAACACCGAUGGCUCACCACCACCGGGUACAACCAAAUCGAAAUCCAAUGUUCCAACUUCUAGUAGGUCCAGACUCGUCGAGGUCUUUGCGAGACAUUACUCGCGAGGAUCCUUGCAGGACAGUACGGUUACCUUGAGGAAGAAUCAUUUGAACAGCACUUCGUUGGACAGUGGCAAUCUGGUGCUUUAUCAACAACAGCAACAACAACAACAGCAACAACAACAGCAGCAACAGCAGCAGCAGCAGCAGCAACAACAACAACAACAACAACAGCAACAACAACAACAACAACAACAACCAUCAGCUUCGACAAAUUCCUCAGGGACGUCAUCAAGUGCCGUAGGUUCAACGGCAGGUUCAACAACAGGUUCGAUAGUGAGAAACACAGGACGACGUUGGCUCUUACAAAGUUCUCUAUCCUCACGGCAACACUCGGCAGAUGAGGGCACACGUGGGGCCAGUAACGUGGUGGGCGUAGUCGGAGGGCCCAUUUCGAGUUCGUCCUCGGGCCAGGCUCCUGCCCUCCCACCCCGCAGACUCAGUCCAGCCACCGACACCGGUGACAUCGGCAAUACGGCUACGCGUGUUGACAGAGGUCCGAACUUAUCGAUCGUCCAUCUCUGCAACGCGUCGGAUCCUUGGGAGGUCGGCUCGCAAGGAUCAGCCUAUAGCGUGAGCAGUAACAAGAGUCAGAUAAGUUCAAGAGGCAAGUCAUCGAGCAGUGGAAGCAAUCGUGGCUCCUACACACGUGGUAGCUCGAUUCCUUCUUUGAAACGUCACGAUACGUCGUCGUCGACGUCGAGUUUGAAGCAACAUCGUCAGGACAGCCAUGGUCAGGUAUCGAAUUCCCGUCGCCGAGAAGCUGCUAAUGCCUUCUUGUCGGGCACCGCCGGGACUUCGGGAGAGCUCUUCAUCAGUGGCAAUUGCAGCCGAGAAUUGUCGCCGGUUAGAUGGUGCGACAGAGAGGUCGACGGAGUUUACCUCGGUCGUUCUGGUUGGGUCCAAGUACAACAGAGAUCGUUGGACGAGAAUCGGCGAAUAAAUUACGAGAGCAGCUUGUCCGGCAGCACCGCCGGUAAUCUCUCUUUACCAAGAAGGGCCGCCGUCAAAUUAGCCGACUAUCAUUGUAGUAACAGCGAGCCAGGAAAGUGUCCCCAAGAUUUCUCUUCGAGGUUGGACAGUCAAAGGCCGGAUUAUCUCGCUUUGCAUGGUCAAGAUUACGAGUCCUGUGGUACAAGUGCUUGCACGUCUCCCCGUAGCAUACCAGAAUCCUUUUCACCACCCUCGAUAACUCCGAUCAUUUCGCCACCGCCCGCUUUUCAAGACGCCGUCGCUAAGAGAUCCUCCUCAAGGCAUACCGCUACACGUAGUAAUUACGGGAAAGCACCGUUCCUGCCAAGAUCCAACGCAAUCGACACCGAUAUCAUCAGUCCACCUCCUUCGCCACCUCAAACCAAUUGGAGUUCCUUGCCAUCCUCUUCGAGGAAAUCCGCGAAUGCACCGUCCAGGCGUAGAUUAAACGCGACAUUAGCAGGUACCAGUCAGCAACAACAACAGCAACAACAGCAGCAGCAGCAGCAACAACAACAACAACAACAGCAACAACAACAACAACAACAACAACAUUAUCGAAUGGCGCAAGCUAAAUCUUUGGAGGAUCAGUCGUCCUCUAGAAGAUCUCAGUUUGCCCAAAGAUAUUUGGAAUCCUCGUCAUCGUCCUCCUCGUCCAUGGGCUUCAGAAGUUUGGACAGUUGCGUGACGAGAUCGGCGAUGCCCAGGUUAGCCGAGAACACGGACUCAUCGGUCGAAGGAUACGAGGACGGCGACGAGGAUGAUAAUCCUAGUUCGUCGUUAAAUCUCAGCCUAGUAUCCUCACCUGUAGCUGCAUUGAAUUCGUCGACGGAAUCGAUAAGAGCGAACGGCGAAAGGAUCUCACCGUCUAACAGGCAAACUCGUCAUCAUGCAAGGACCCAACAAGGGCUCAGAAGAUCUCCGGGAUCUUCCGAGUCCGGUAAACAAUUGUCAUUUAACUCUCCUACCUCUUCCUCGUCGUCUUCGAGCAGCAUCGAUAGACAAGGACGGUCGCCCACUCCUAAUCACUUCAGACGUGGAAACGCUUCGAGGCAGCAUCAGAGUGCGAGAACCAGUCAAGCAUCUCCUGACUCUCUACAAUCUAGAGUGAGAAGAUCCAGGAGUUUACAACUUCCGGAGAAGAGGUCACCGAGCACGGCUCCUCAAACUGUUAGAGAUCAUUCCCGGGAAUCCAACGAGUCUCAUCGAAUGAUGAUCAAAUUAUCCAGCGAGCGAGGAAACGAGAGAAGCAAGCGUUACACUUUACAGAACAGAAAAGUUCAAUCAACGGACGAUGCCCUAAACGAGGAGUUAUUCCGCGAGGCCGAAGCUGUCACGGAAUAUCUCUAUGGUACUCGAAGUCGUGCGAUAACUCGAAACUUUCUAACGAGUCGAUACGAACGUCACGAUGAACGUCGGGACGAAGGACAAGAACAGAGACGUGCCAAUCAGACCACCUACGACGUCUACUUCAUAUCUUCGAAGCAACAACAAUCUCAAAAGAGCAAUAACAACUCGAUGCAACAACAACAACAACAGCAACAACAACAACAACAACAACAACAACAGCAACAACAACAGCAACAGCAGCAGCAGCAGCAACAACAACAACAACAACAACAACAACAACAACAAAGUCGAAGACCUAGGACGCUUCAACGAGGUGCCACUACACCGAACACCAAUCCAACUUGUUCGAGUCAAGAUUUUUGUAUCAGUCCGGACACGAAAUUACGUUGUAACAGCAGUACUUGCGAUUUCUGGCCGCAUUGCUCUCAGAGAAAUACACUUUAUUCGCCUAAUCAAGGACCGGUCUUUAUGAAAGUAUCUCAGAGUUAUCCAGCUCAUCAGAGAUUGUCAAUGGACACUGGUACACAUGCGAAUCGCGGUAGCGCAUGUUCCUCGCCUGCUUCUUUGGAAAGAAUGGACGAUCGUGAUUAUAGGGAACGGGAAACUUCGAGAAAGAGUAGGACUAGUCGGGAACAGAAUAAUUUAAAUGUUCAAAGAUAUCAAGAUAGACCGCCAAAGAGUGUGUUGAAGCAGCCGAAUCGGUGGUCACCGAUGGAAGAAAGCAAUCCUAACGGUAGCCUAGACAAGAGAGGAGAUCGUCAUCGUGUCUACAAAAAGUCUGAACUCGUCGGUAGCUUCGAAAUGUGUGAUAAAGAAAGAAAAGUGUCACCGGUUCAAGGUGGUAAAAAUUUGAAUAGGUCACCAAGUGGUCUGCCGGUAGCUUCGCCCUCGAGCACGUCAUCAUCUUCGAGCAGUGACAUUUGGGUAACUACGUCGGAUCGUACCGUGACGAAGAGCCCGAGAAACGCAAAGAGUUCAGGCACGUCUACGCCUAUGGAUGACGCGGUGAUCGGUUCUCUGAAAACGUUGAUGGUACCACCGAAAGAUGGAAUGUUGUCCAGGCCUGGAAGUGCACCGACCAGAGGAGAGGAUUCGUUGACCAGCGACGUGUCCUUGGAUCCACAUCAACGUUCACUGUCUUUACCAAAAUCAUUCUUGACACAUAACACCGAUAGCAAUAAUGGCACAACCGGCAAGCCAGGAUCAUGGCAACGUGUACAGGAUUCUCAACGAUCAAGUCCAAAUCCAAGCGGUGCUCAUUCCGCACAGGAUGUGGCCACGCCUCACACUGCUCCCGUUUCCCCCCUUCACGAUCAGUAUAUUGGUCACGGUAGAAAGGAUCGAAGACGAAUGCCUGGAAUCAGCAAAACCCAACGACGUAUCAAAGCAUCCAGCACUCCGGCCUUACUGGAUCGAGAUCACGAAAGUCGACAGUGGUCAGGUGAUGAAGAAAGCGAUGGGACACGUAGUCAUCAAACGAGGACUGAACACCCUUUAACCGAAGCAACUAUACCUCUGGUCACUCAUUCUCGUCUUCAAGACCCUUCGACCUUGGGUUCGUCGAACGUGAUUGCCACUUCGGGUGGUGGUCCAGGACAAAAUUCGCACCGUUCUAAUGCGGCACAAAGUCAACAAGAAAGCGUAUUGCAAAAAUUUCGAAAGAGCUUCUCUUUGAGAUUUCACAAAAAGGGCAGCAAAGAGAGUACGGAGGGUGAAUGUCCUGUGGAGGAGAAUGAAAGAACAACUGGCCAGUUAGGAGAAGAGGAAGAAAGGGAAACUUCGGCCGUUUUGUCAUCUGAACAAAGCUCGCAGCACAAGGACGAUCCUGGCAAUGAUCAAAAGUUCCGAUUUGGUCCUUUAGUAUGGAGGAGCAGUAAGGAAAGAAAAAAGAGUAACAAAGCAGCGCGUAAUGCAAAAUGCAACAGCGGAGAUAGUGGAAUACAAAUAGAGAUGGUAUCUGGUGGAGCGUUGACUGUGGGCAGUAGUGGCGGAACGAUGGGGGGUGGCGAUAGCUCCGAAUCCCACGACACAGACGUCCAAGAUGAAACGGACAGCCCUCCGGCCCUUCGUAGGCGAGUUGCCGAUAAAUCACGACCCCAGUCCGAGCUCAUCAACCAGAUACUGAUAGACAAGUUUAAGGCGGACUUACAGAGUCGCGCAUCGAGGCAUCAGCACGUACGUAGAACUAAUAGCGACCUUGGUGGACAGAGAUUACUCCAAUGGGACACCAGAUCAGGAUAUAGUCAUAUUCACAAUUAUCGAAGGAUGCUCUCGACGCCAUCACCGAUCAAGAGCAGACCACCGAGGCUAAGCCCGAGACACUCUUCCCAUGACAUCGUUACACUGAGAAGUAACGCGAAAGGGAGGAGUUCUCGGACAAAUUUGAGGCGCUCACUUAGUCAACCACUGGGUAUCAAUCAGCUUUCACCCUUGAUGCGCACCAAAACUGCAGGGGCGAGAUUACCCGGUGGAAAUGUCCUGUCCGAGGACGAACAGGAUGGUAGAGGUGGUACCUCAGACGACGAGAUGAUGUCCGAUUCCGAAUCAUCCAUCGCCUCGCUCACGGACAGAAAGAAGUCUUUCGAGCAGACGAUGGACGAGGAGGUGGUAAUCCUGGCCGAGGCUGUUUGGGAUCACGUAGCAAUGGAACCGGAGGAAUUGGCCUUUCGAGCUGGUGAUCUCAUCGAUGUUCUCGACACGGUCGAUAAGGAUUGGUGGUGGGGUAGCUGCGGAGGUGAACGUGGCUGGUUUCCUGCUGCUUUCGUUAGGUUGCGGGUAAGUCAAGAAGACACCGUCGAAGAUUGUUUGGCCGCGAUAGCCUCCGGAGGUACGUCGAACUCUCAAAGAAGACGCACUAGUGUUUCGUUGCUAUCGAACGAACAGGUCAGGACGAGCGUAGUUCGUGAAUUGGUCCAAACCGAGAGAGACUUUGUCAAGAUUUUAAGGGACGUUACAGAAGGGUAUAUAGCGGAAUGUCGAAGACGUACCGACAUGUUCAACGAGGAACAAAUAGAAACGAUCUUUAUCAAUAUUGAAGAACUUCUAGACUUUCAAUCAGAAUUCUUGAAGGAUUUGGAAUCUCGUAUCGAUUGGAAUUCACCGCACAAAAGCUGCGUUGGCGAGUGUUUCCUCAAACACAGAGCAGGCUUUCGAAUGUAUUCUGAAUAUUGCAACAGCCAUCCGAUGGCAACCGCCACACUGCAGGAACUUUAUCAGCACAAUCGUUAUAGCAAGUUUUUUGAGGCUUGUAGACUGAUGCGUGGUCUGAUAGAGAUACCUUUGGAUGGAUACUUGCUUACGCCGGUUCAACGGAUAUGCAAGUAUCCCCUGCAGUUGGCGGAGUUGUUGAAAUACACGAAAGCAGACCAUCCAGAUUAUCAUAAAAUUCAAGAAGCUUUGGAAGCGAUGCGAGGCGUUGCUGUAUUGAUCAACGAAAGAAAAAGACGAAUGGAAAGUUUAGAAAAGUUGGCUGCUUGGCAACUCAGGGUCGAAGGAUGGGAGGGCGAAGAUCUGAUAGAAGUAUCUUCUCAAUUGAUUUAUCAAGGUGAAGCUAUGCGAGUAACCACUGGCAUGUGGACGAACAACAUCACGCUUUUCCUCUUCGAUCAUCAGCUCGUAUAUUGUAAGAAAGAUAUUUUGAAACGUAACACUUACGUUUACAAGGGUCGUAUUUAUCUCGAUACAAGCGAAGUCAUCGAUGUGCCAGAUGGAAAAGAUCAUCAGUUGGGUGUUACGGUCAGGCAUUGUCUGAAAGUUUAUAGCUGCGUACGAGACAAAUGGUUGUUGUUCUGUUGUCGUACAGCCGAAGAGAAACGUCGUUGGUUGGUAGCAAUGGCCGAAGAACGACGACUGGUAGCUCAAGAUAGGAACGAUGGACUGGAAUUUCCAGCAGCUGCUCGGCAACUCGCCAGAUUGGCGGCUACCAGACAACGUAACAGGCCACCCGUAAAACCUCGCAGCAAAUCGUAUAAGAGAGAGCCAACGUAUGACGUGUCAAACGUGGUAACGCAAGGAACAACGAAUUCAUUGGGCCGUAAAGUCGGUACCUGGUUCACGUUCGGUAGCAGCAAGAAAAGUGCACGACCUCAACCGUCCUGAGACAGGCCCACCUUCGUUCCGUACAUCGAUUUGUAAAGACACUUCAACGUGAACAAAGCGCUUGAUCGUACUUCCACGAUCGUGAAUUCUAAUGAUCUGAUGAAGACGAAGUCCGUUAUCAGCGCUCAUCGAAUGUACGGUACGAAGGUACGUCAAAUUUUCUUUAUCGUUCGUCGUGCUGUACUAAGGUAUAGAUAAUACGUAUAAACGAGAAGAAAAUCAAAGUACAGCCGCGAUGUAAAGUAAGACUAGCUCGUAUAUAAAAAUCUUGAAAUGUAGUGAAAUUACAUGAUUGUUGUUCCGCAUCAAACUAUUACUCUACGAUUCUGAAGAAAAAAAAAAAAGAAAAAAAAAGAAAAAAGAAAGAAAAAAAGAAAAAUGACAGCAGAUCUAUUAUGUCAACGAUCCUUUCGUUCACUGCCUCGCUGAACAAGAACGUGUUUCGACAAGCACCGCCGCACUAACUUUGCUCCCUUAACUAUUCCUUCGAUCUCUCCGAUGAAAUGCACUUUGCUUAAAAAAAAGAAAUAAUAAUAAUAAUAAUAAUAAUAAUAAUAAUAAUAAUAAUAAUAAUAAUAAUAAUAAUAAU